AUGACUUCUGCCAGCCUUACAGGGGAAGAACCAACCGGACCCCCAACUAAUUCAAUCUUAGAUAGUUCUAUUGGAACAUCAACAACUGAGAUUUAUCAUACACAGGUAUUACCACCUUCUGAAAUGAUCAUUAAUAAAUCAAACUAUGAAUUAUGGACUGUCGAUGAAGUUAUUAAUUGGUGUAUACCAUUACUAGAUAUCACCGAAGAUCAUCCAUUAAUUUCAAAUAUACAAUUGAACAAUAUAGAUGGGGAUGUCAUUAAUGAUUUGUCCUUCGAAGAUUGUAAAGAAUUAUGUAAUGGAUCAUUACAGGAUACCAUUAAAUUAAGAUUAGCUUUAAAUAAACUUAAGGAUAAUAAUUCUAUGACUUACGAAGCAAUUCUUAAUAAAAAUUUAGCGGCGAAAGAAGAAAAUAUGACUAUUGUAUUAAAAAACUUAUGUACAACAUUAUCACAAAGAUUACAAGAUUAUUCAACUCAAUAUUCAAAACUGAGAUCAGAAAUAUUAGAUGUUGUAAAAACCAGAUCAGUCACAUCAGCAACGCGUGGAUCCGAUGGUUCAAACACUGAGUUUUAUGAAGUCCCUAAAUCGCAACCUACCUUGACUGGGAACAUUACACCAAACCUAUCUCGAAAAAAUACUCUUUCAAAUAGAAGUCUAAGCCCCAUUGCUCAAAGUCCUACUACGAGAAGUCCUACUACGAGAAGUCCUACAAACCAUUCAUUUCAACCACCUCAAUUAAAAAACCAUAGUAAUAGCUCCAUGUCUAUAAAUACCCAAUCUCAAAUGGCAUUAGGUUCUACUCAAAAGCCAAAAUUAGGCACUAAUCAUUCUUCAACAAACGUUGAACACACACAAUCUGGUUCAUCAUCUAAUGAACCGUUGAAACAAUUAAGAGCCUCAAAGGAUGAUUCAUGUGAAAAGAUCUUAAAAAAUGCAAUGAAAAGACAUGGAUUAAACGAUCAAGACUGGAGACAAUACGUUCUCGUAAUUUGUUAUGGUGACCAAGAGAGACCACUAGAAUUAGAUGAAACACCAGUAACAAUUUUUAAAUCUUUAAAACAACAAGGACUGCAUCCAUCUAUUAUGUUAAGACGAAGAGGGGACUUCGAGGAACUAAUGGUAAAUGGAAAUACCGUAGAUGCAUCGUCAUAUAAUCAUCAUAAUCCUUCAAAUUCUAGUGGCGGGUAUAACACCACAAGCCCAUUGGAAUACUCUGCAACCCCAGGUGGUAGAUUGUAA